AAGCAAUUAGGUGCACGUCCUCAUGCCUGUUGGGUCUGUUACCAUAGCUACAAUACCAUUGUGCAUGCAAUCAUCUGGUCCUUGUUUCCUCCAAUAGGGUCGCACAGCUAAAGCUGUAGUAUAAAGUAAAGAUGCUCAUCUUUCAGCAACACACUAGUAAGAAUCAUUAUGAGAAGAAAGUAUUGGAGAGUGGCAGACAGGGGACUGCGCCCAGUCAUGGCGGACAACAGAAAUAAGAUCCGACGAGCCAAACAGCAGGAGAGAAAGACUAUGAAGGACUAUACUCGAUGCCUAGAAAAGCGGUGGGAGUAGUCUGCGAUUCAGCACAACAAAACCAAGAAGCACACAAAGCAAAUGGAUUGCAAUGGCAAACCGUUAUGGCGACAUUCUGCUUCAGCCAGGACUUUCCAUUUCAUAGGGGUGAGAAGGGCUUUACCUUUACGGAAGAAAUGUGUGUUGAGUAGCAAUACAAUGGAAUCUUCAAUAAAAGGAUGCACUACUGGAGGAUGCGUGAGGAAGUCAAUCAAACUCAAGGAGUUCUUUUGCAGUGGCAUAAGUAGAAUUCUGGAUCGAAUAGUUGUGCAGUGUGGGCUCUACGGGGACGUGGUAUAUGGAUGCUGGGACUAUGAGCAUAAGCGACAAACGGGGCUACUUAGCAGACCUAGGAGGCAGCUUCACUGAGGAUGCUCCCAGACCUCCUGUCCCCGGUGAAGAAGGAGAGCUCAUAUGCAGUGAUGGUCGCCAGCACAGCAACCUCGGCUUCUCCUCAAAGAAUGAGAGCCUCAAAUGUGAGCCGUCUGUGGCUACACCCAGGCGAUCUGACUUGGACCUGGGUUACGAGCCGGAGGGCAGCGCUUCGCCAACACCACCCUACUUAAAGUGGGCGGAAUCUCUUCAUUCUCUCCUGGAUGACCAGGAUGGCAUCCUGCUGUUUAGGACGUUCCUCAAGCAAGAGGAAUGCGCAGAUAUGUUGGACUUCUGGUUUGCCUGCAGUGGUUUUCGGAAACUUGAAGCCGGUGAGGUUACUGAGGAGAAGAAGGUGAAACUGGCAAAACUGAUAUACAAAAAAUACAUCCUGGACAACAAUGGGAUUGUCUCUAGACAAAUCAAACCAGCUACAAAGUCCUUCAUCAGAGACUGUGUGAUGAAGCUUCACAUUGAUCCUGCCAUGUUUGAUCAGGCUCAGACUGAGAUACAGACUAUGAUGGAGGAAAAUACCUAUCCAUUAUUCCUAAAAUCUGACCUAUAUUUGGAAUACACGCGGACAGGGGGUGAAAGCCCAAAGUUGUACACUGACCAGAGCUCGGUUUCUGGCAACGGAAAGGGGCUAUCGAGCUAUUUACCACCUUUAAAGGAGUAUGAGGAAUGGAGAUGCGACCAAGGACCAGAGGAGCUGCCUGAGUGUGACCCCACGCCAAGCAGCCGUCUUACUCAGAAGCUGCUGAUGGAGACGGCACAGCAACGAGUUGCCAACAGCACAAGAUUCCAGGACAGUCACGAGUACAGGCAUGCACCAUGUCGGGAGACAAUCAACCCGUACUACGUCAACACUGGCCAUGUUAUGGCUCCUGCCACCAGCGCCAAUGACAGUGAGCAACAGAGCAUGUCCAGUGACGCAGACACCAUUUCCCUUACGGACAGCAGUGUAGAUGGGGUUCCACCCUACAGAUACCGCAAGCAGCAUCGCCGCGAGAUGCAUGAAAGUGCCAGAGCAAAUGGGCGAGUGCCACUACCUCAUAUUCCACGCCCAAACCGGAUUCCAAAGGAUAUACACGUGGAGCCAGAAAGGUUUGCUGCAGAGCUGAUCAGGAGACUGGAGGGUGUACUGAAGGAGAGGGAGGCUCAGGAGAAACUAGAGGAGCGACUGAAGAGAGUACAGUUGGAAGAGGAGGCUGACGAAGUCAUGAUGGCCACAGCAACAUCAUUGUCCAGUCACAGGUUCCCCCCUGGUGCUUAUUCACAGAAUUACAACCCCCGCUAUGCUGACAACACCUACAGCGCUCCUUUUGUCGGAGAUGCUCAUGAAGAAAACCCAGAGAGCAUCUUGGACGACCACGUGCAGCGAGUCAUGAAGACCCCGGGCUGCCAGUCGCCGGGAACCGGCCGUCAUUCUCCAAAGUUGCGCUCACCAGACGGUUUCCCAGGGAUAAAAGGGAUUGGGCUGCCAGGCCAGAGUAAACAUCCAUCCAGGCACGGUUUCAAGGGAGAAACUAGCCACUUGUACCACCACAAACACCAUAGCCACCACACAAGCGUGGGCAAGCCCAAAGAGCAGGUGGAGGCUGAUUUAGUCACGCAUGUGCAUGGGAGCUUUCCCUGGAGCAUCGAGUCAAGUCAUUACGGAUCAAAGUCUCGCAGCUAUGCAGACGGCAUGGGAUCCAACCCCAUGGACUAUGCAGGAUAUAUCGGGAGAGGUGGCACCCAAUGUAAAAGAGCAUUCAAGAGAGGUGAGGAAUUGCGGCCUUACGACAUGCCGGGGCCUGGAGAGGAGAUGGAGAAAAACCAGAAGAUCCUUUUGUGGCUGAUGGAAGGACAGAAAGAAAUGGUUCAACAUAAGAGAAGCCCAUAUGGGAGUACCACUGGGUCCAAAAGGACUGUUGGACAUGAAGGAUCCCGCCUGGGCUCAACAGAGCGGUCAGGGUCGAUGCAUCCGUGCAUCAGUGGCCAGCUGCGGAACAAUGUGCAUCCAUCUCACCCUUUCAUCCAGGAUCCCACCAUGCCGCCCAACCCAGCUCCCAGCCCCCUCAUUCAGCUGGAGGAGGUUUGCCGGCGACUCGAGGAGGAGAAGAUGAAGUCUGGAACAUUGCAGCCUAAGCAAAGGUAUGUGCUGGAGGUGAUCCAGAGGGGUCGCACAGCAGUCAGGCCCGCACAGUUCCCUCAGCUCAGCGUUGUACCUGCAGUUUCAGACAGUGAGCUCUCCGAGCCCGAACAUAAAGCUACUAAAAAGCAGCCAUGUGAAAACAUUACUGUGGCGUACUACUUCUGUGAGGAGCUGAUACCUUACAGGACUUCUGUCAAAGGGAGGGUUGUCACGCUGGGCCAGUUCAAAGAACUGCUAACAAAGAAAGGAAAUUACAGGUAUUAUUUCAAGAAGGUAAGCGAUGAGUUUGACUGUGGGGUGGUGUUUGAAGAGGUACGUGAAGAUGACGCUAUCCUGCCCAUCUUUGAGGAGAAGAUCAUUGGCAAAGUGGAAAAAGUUGACUAAAUUUUAAAGAGGAGAGAGCCGAGUAGCCAGCGUAUGAUGGACUGAGGAGAAAGUGGAUGGUGAAGAGGAAGUGCUUUACAAAGGAGAAUGGAUAAGGAGGAGAGAAAAAGGUGAUUCUGCAAAGAUGGAUCCAGAGUCAGAAGAUUACAGUAGUGGUCAUUGACUUCUGUAUCACGGCUGCAGUGAAGUUGGACUUGAAGAAGAAAGAUCUCAUUUUCUUCUUGGAGUGUAAUGUAGCAUUGUAAAGUUUACUAGAAAAGAAGAACAAAAAGUGCUACUAAUGCUACGUAUUUUUGAUAAUGACUUAUCAAAGGGUUUCCUUUCUAAAAUAACUGCACUUGUAAUUUUUAUAUGUAUUGAUACCAGAUGUGUACAGUUUGUGUUAAAAUACAGCAAAAAUUUUCUAUCUAUUUAAGUAUUUAAAUUGCUACUUUUAAACCUAAUUAAAGGUGAAGCGUUGCCCCUCGUGAAGACGAUCCGAAUCCUCGAUAGGGCUGAUUCUUGUUUUCUUUUUUUCAUUAAUUGUAAGAGCCCUCUGGAUGCUAAUGUUUGUGACUUUCAAAGUGCUUUUAAUACUUCACUUAUCAGAACUUUAUUUAGAGGCAUUAAAUCAGACUGCUUGUUCGUUAUAUUAUAUACUACUGACUCGGUGUAGAGCUUCUAAAGAACCCAUUCCUGCAACCCAGUGCAGUAAUGUCACAUUUUAUUAAUGUAUUUAAAAAUAUAUUUCAAAAAUCCAAUACAGAACAGAUUAUAAUGUCUGUCUUAUGGCUCAGUCACACAUGAGUAAAAGUAGGACGGCAACCUUCUUGCAACUAGAAAAAACUGUCUGAUUGCACUGAAUUUGUUUGCUGUUGGACUGCAAGUAGUUAUGGCCACAAGCUGGUCCACCUUUUGGACCACCCUCAACCUGUGGGUGACCACUUUUGAUCUCCCCUGCCAUUUGAACAGGGCUAAGCAGUCACGAUUUGAGUUGGACUGACUGCAGUCACUCUUAGAUCAGCAAAGACUGACACAUAUCUGCCAUUUCAUUUAUAAAUGCAGACAGACUGCAAACAUAUUCCAGUCAUUCUGAGUCAGUCUUCCUGCCUUGCAUCGUUUUGCAUUAGGGGACUUGAUAGGUUGUCAAGCACCCAUGCUAUUUUGCAGUUAAAUUACUGUCCUGCAGAAACUAUGUCACUAUUUUUGGAGGAGUCUGUGUUUCAUAUCUGUGAGGUUCUGGCUGGACUGUGAAUGUAAGUAGUUAAUGUGAAUUUCUGUGUAUGUAGCUGGGAACAGAUUUUCUCUUUUUGGCGAUUUAUUGCGUGCCAACUUGACCCCAACGAAAGUUGCUUUAAAAACGGCAACUUACUGCAUCUGGUUGAAGCAACCGUUACCAAGGCAACAAGACCACAAGUUUAUUGCAUGUGGCUUCAAUUAUUUAUUUUUUUUGCCACAGUCUCUCAGCCACUGUUUUCCCUGGUAUAGGUGACUGUAACAGAGAACAACCAUAUCCUCCAUACAUUUCACAAACAUGAGAUGCUCAAUAUAUAAUCCAGUAAAACAGUAACGCAGCUUUAUUGGGUUGAAUUCUGGUUUAUUGUAAACUGUAUUUUUCUGUUUUGCUGUAUCUGGCAUGUAAGUGUGGCUUAUUGCUAUGUUCUUUAAGACUUGUCCACUACAUUGCUUUUAUCCUAAAUUAGACUUAACAGGUGAAAAUGGAUGCAAUAAUAGUGAUGAAAAAGUUGUGAUUAAAAAUUCCAAAGUGAAUACCUAU